AUGACAUCUGCAUCGCCAUGGGAAAAGCUAGUCCUCCGCCCUGCACUCACAACAGCGGCUGAGACUCCGCCGCCAACAGCAAUCCCUGUAUUUCUAUACGGCACUGCUUGGAAGAAGGAGCAGACAGGAUAUUUCGUCUACCAGGCUCUUGCUUCUGGGUUUAAAGGCAUAGACACUGCUGCGCAACCGAAGCAUUAUCGAGAAGAUCUUGCCGGAGCGGGAUUGCGAAGAGCGUUGGCAGACGACAGAGUGAAGAGGGAGGAUCUUUAUGUACAAACGAAAUUCACUCCAAUCGCCAGUCAAGACCCCACUUCUGCUCCCUAUGACCCCUCCGCUCCAAUUGCAGCCCAGAUCCACUCCUCCAUCAAAUCAUCGCUGGCAAACCUCCGCCCACUGGACGAUAUAAGUUCAGAAAGGGAAACGUACCUCGACGCACUAAUAUUGCACAGCCCUCUCCCAACCAUCAGUGAGACACUCGAAGCCUGGAAAAUCCUAGAAGAAUACGUCCCUCACAGAAUACGAAAUCUCGGAAUCUCAAACUGCGACCUCUCCCUCCUCAGGACCCUUUGCAGGUCGGCAAAGGUGAAGCCCGCUGUGGUUCAGAAUCGAUUUUACCCGGUAUCAAGGUUUGACAUUAGUCUCCGCCAGUUCUGCCACGAGAACUCCAUCAUAUACCAGGCCUUCUGGACGCUGACUGCAAACUCGGAGCUGGUCAGGUCGACCGAGGUCGGGAUGUUGAGCCAGCAGGUUCGCAUCACCCCGCAGGCCGCGCUGUACUGUUUGGUGCUAGGUCUGGAGGGUACAGUCAUACUCAACGGGACGAAGAAUGAAGGCCGAAUGCUGGGUGAUCUUACUGCGCCCAAGGCCGUGGAAGAGUUUGCUACGAAAUACCCUGAACAGUGGGAUACACUACUUGGGGGGUUUAAGAAGAAGAUUGGUGAGAUAAGAUGA